AUGAAGCUGUUGAUAGCUAUAGGUUUGUGUUUGGCUGGAUGCGGUGCUUUGAGCCCGAAACAGCAGCGCAGGUUCCCCGAUGACUUCCUCUUCGGGACGGCGACUGCCUCCUACCAAAUAGAGGGGGCAUGGAACGCGGAUGACAAGGGAGAGAACAUCUGGGAUCACAUGACUCACACCAAGCCUCAUGUGAUCAAAGAUCAGAGCAAUGGCGACAUCGCUGCCGACACCUACCACAACUACAAGCGCGAUGUCGAGAUGAUGCGCGAGCUCGGAUUGGACGCGUACCGAUUCUCCCUCUCUUGGUCCCGAAUCCUGCCCGAUGGCUUCUCUAACAGGGUCAGCAAAGCGGGCGUCACGUUCUACAACAAUUACAUCGACGAAAUGCUCAAGUACGGCAUCACGCCGAUGAUCACUCUCUACCACUGGGACCUACCCCAGAAACUGCAAGAGUUAGGAGGUUUCGUCAACCCACUGUUCCCGGACUGGUUCGAGGACUACGCGAGGGUUGUGUUCGAACACUUCGGUGAUAGGGUGAAGCACUGGAUCACCUUCAAUGAGCCAAGGGAGAUCUGCUACCAAGGUUAUGAUACGGUAGAGAAAGCCCCGCAGUUAAAUGCCACCGGUGUCGGCGCGUACCUUUGUGCCAAAAGCCUGGUUUUAGCACACGCCAAGGCCUACCACGCAUACAGGAACGAUUUCGCCCCGAGCCAAGGCGGGCAAUGCGGUAUCACCAUCAGCGUUAACUGGUUCGGUGCGAAAACCGACUCUGAAGAAGAUCAGUUCGCAGCUGAACUCUACAGACAAGGAGAGUGGGGAUUAUACGCGGAACCGAUCUUCUCAGAAAAAGGCGGCUUCCCUAAGGAGCUGUCCGAGAGGGUCGCCCAUAAGAGCUUGGAGCAGGGAUACCCAAGGUCCCGGAUGCCAGAGUUCACUGACGAAGAGAGGGCCUUUGUCAGGGGUUCCGCCGAUUUCUUCGGGGUGAACCACUACAUGGCCCAACUUGUGUCAGCCGGCGGUGGAGAUUUCAUAGUGCCUUCCGUGAGAGACGAUGUUGGCGCGACCACCUAUGUACCAGACGAAUGGCCCGUGUCGGCAUCGUCGUGGUUGACACAAGCGCCGGACAGCAUGCUCAACGCGCUCACCCACCUCAAGGAGAAGUACAACAGUCCAGCGUUUUACAUAACGGAGAACGGCUGGUCCAGCCCGCCAGAGGCUGGUCUCCUGGAUGACGACAGGAUCCGGUACUACCGGGCGGCCUUGGAGAGCGCCCUCGAUUCCCUCGACGCUGGCGUGAACCUGAAGGGCUACAUGGCCUGGAGCCUGAUGGACAACUUCGAGUGGAUGGAAGGCUACACAGAACGCUUCGGUCUCUACCAAGUGGACUUCGAGGAUCCAGCGCGCAGCCGCACGCCCAGGAAGUCGGCGUUCGUCUACAAGCAGAUCGUCAAAUCGCGCGUCAUCGACCACGAAUACGAGCCGGGCUCCAUGACCAUGACCAUCGACGAAGGAAGGGGGUUCCAGAGUCGAGCAGCUGUAACAACGAAGGAUUUAGAGAGAAGACCGGUACGUCUACUAACCGUAGAGUGUUUUGGGCUUACCACUAAGCAGCAAAGGAGGUUUCCAGACGAUUUCAUGUUUGGCGCAGCCACCGCCUCUUACCAAAUAGAAGGUGCUUGGAAUGCGGACGGCAAGAGCGAGAACAUCUGGGAUCAUAUAACCCACACCAACCCCACCAUAGUCAAGGACCAUAGCAAUGGCGAUAUCGCUGCUGAUUCCUAUCACAAUUACAAACGCGACGUAGAGAUGAUGCGAGAGCUUGGCUUGGACGCGUACCGUUUCUCCCUCUCCUGGUCUAGAAUCCUGCCGGACGGCUUCUCCAAUAAGAUCAACGAAGCGGGUGUCUCUUUUUACAACAAUUACAUUGAUGAAAUGCUGAAGUAUGGCAUCACGCCUAUGAUAACCCUCUACCACUGGGACCUGCCCCAGAAAUUCCAAGACUUGGGCGGCUUCCUCAACCCCCUAUUUCCGGAAUGGUUCGAGGAUUACGCAAGGGUAGCUUACGAGCAGUUUGGCGAUAGAGUGAAGCAUUGGAUCACCUUCAACGAACCGAAAGAGGUCUGUUACCACGGCUACGAUUCUCAUGCAUUGGCACCGGUUUUGAACGCUACUGGCAUUGGAGCUUACCUCUGUGCAAAGCAUUUGGUCUUGGCGCAUGCUAGAGCGUAUUACGUUUACAAAAACGAGUAUGCUCGAGAAGACGGUCUAUGCGGGAUCACGUACGCCUUGUCAUGGAUAAGGCCACAAACAGAUUCGGAGGCAGAUGAGUUCGCAGCCGAUCUGAUGAGACAAGCCGAAUGGGGCCUUUACACUGAGCCAAUAUUCUCGGAGGAGGGCGGGUUUCCUAAGGACCUUAAGAAGCUGGUUGAUCAGAAAAGCGCUGAACAAGGAUACUCCAGGUCUCGAAUGCCGGAGUUCACCGAAGAGGAGAGGGACUUUGUCAAGGGCUCUUCCGAUUUCUUCGGGAUAAAUCAUUACACAGCCAAAUUAAUCUCCGCAACGGAAAAUCUACAGGAACACCCAGUGCCCUCUGUAUAUAAUGAUAUCAAUGUCGGAGAAUCUGUUGCGGAGGACUGGCCUUCAGCUGCGUCAUCUUGGCUGAAGCAAGCACCCGAUAGUCUCCUAAGCGCCCUCGUGAACAUUAAGGAAAAGUACAACAACCCAAUGGUCUACAUUACGGAAAAUGGGUGGUCCACCACUCCAGAUGUUGGGCUGAUAGACGACGAUAGGAUUCGGUACUACAGAGCGGCUUUGGAGAACGUUCUGGAUGCCUUGGAGGCCGGCGUGAACCUCAAGGGCUACAUGGCG